AUGGCUCCACCGAAAAGGCUUUCUGACGUCCAGCGGAAGGCUUUGAGAGACUGGGUUCAUAGCCAGUCUCGCCGUCCAACACAAAAGGCCUGUAUAGCAUGGUUUCAAGCUCAUUAUAACCAUCGCUUGAGCCAGUCUACUGUCUCUGAUAUCCUCAGCCCACAAUAUCAUUAUCUUGACUCGGAAUGCAAUCCUUCCUCGGCAACUCGCAAAGGUAUUGGCCAGUGGCAAGACCUUGAGGCUAUCCUUUAUGAAUGGCAUCAUACACUUGAUUGCAAAGGGGCAUAUAUCAGUGGUGAUAUUCUUAUUGAAAAAGCACGCCAAAUCUGGAGUUCUCUAUCCCAGUAUCGUGACCAGCCCCCACCUGCUUUCAGUAGUGGUUGGCUACAUCGGUUCAAACAACGCUAUAAUAUCAAGCAGCGGACAUACCACGGAGAAGCUGGCUCAGUACCAGAAGACGUUGAGGAAGAGAUGAAGGCUAUACGUACGAUUGCUGGCCAGUAUAAUGAGGAUGAUAUCUAUAAUAUGGAUGAAACUGGGCUUUUCUGGCGUAUGCCUCCUUCACAGAGCCUAUCUUCCGUUAAUAGGCCUGGAAUUAGGAAGGAUAAGACUCGGAUAUCUAUGAUAUGCUGUGUCAAUGCCUCUGGGACUGAUCGAUUACCAAUCUGGGUAAUUGGGAAGGCACAUAAGCCACGAGCUCUUCGCAAUAUCAAUAUCUCAGCAAUUGGAAUUCGAUGGCAAUGGAACAAGAAUGCCUGGAUGAACCAAAUUAUUAUGCGUGAAUGGCUCCUGGAGUUCUAUCAACAUAUCGGCCAGCGAUCAAUCCUUCUUACAAUGGACAACCUCCCUGCACAUCUUUCUGGCCUAGAGCUAGCACCACCUCCUCCUAAUAUACGCAUCUGCUGGCUGCCAAAGAAUUCAACAAGCCGGUACCAGCCUCUUGAUCAGGGUAUUAUCCAGAACCUGAAGAUAUAUUAUCGGAAACAGUGGUUAAGAUAUAUGCUUUCCCACUAUGAGAGGGACCUUGAUCCACUAGAAUCUGUGACGAUUCUAGACUGCAUACGCUGGCUUGUACGGUCCUGGCAUCAUGAUGUCCUAAGCUCAACUAUCCUUGCCUGCUUCUAUAAGAGCACACUGGUUCCAGAUCCUAUACAGCUUCCAGUUGAAGCACCUGAUCUAAAACCACUAUAUGAGAAGGUACAGCAAUCUGGGAAUCUAUCAGAUUGUAUGGAUAUCUCCUUCUUUCUUAACCCUGCAGAGGAGUCUCAAGAGCCUACUAGCUCUAGUAAUGGGAUGUCCUCUGAGGUAUUACUUGAGCAGCUAAUUACUGAGGCUUCUGGGAGUACAGAUAUAUAUUCGGACGAUCUAGAUGAUGAUACAGCUGAGCCAGCACCUCUUCCAAAGCCUCAGGAUGCUCUUGAUGCUGUAAGACUACUGAUCUCUUAUAUGGAGGGUCAGGAUGCAUCUAAAGCACCUAUUCUUAGAUCACUUGAGCGGUUAGAGCGAGAUUUAGAGGGUGAAAUUAUUACAGCGAGGGCUCAGGGCACCUUAGAUAGUUGGCUUAGUAAUGCUUAG